GGAUCAAAAAGGCGAAUUUAGCUCACGUACGGCAACCGCAUUAUGGCUGGUACUGAAGAGGACACUCCCAGCAACUUGACGUCCAAUGAAAGUGAUGCAGCGGCUACCCAAGCGGUCCAGGGAAAAUCAUUUCAAAGCCCUGCGAAUGCCUCGCCACCAAUGAACCGUCGAGGCAGUGAUGCAUCACAGUGUCUCACAACAAAUGGUGUGCGAGCACGUGUGGAUGAUUCACUGACAUCCAUUGCAUCGAAUGGUAGCCAAGUGCCGUUCAACUGGCAAGCUUCAAAAAGCACUGUGCAGGAACGGCUGUCUUUUCUCUUCAACAAGGAAAUCCUCAGCGACGUCCGCUUUCUGGUUGGCCGAGGUGCACAGCAGCAACGGUUACCCGCUCAUAAGUUUGUGUUGUCCGUGGGAAGUGCUGUUUUUGACGCAAUGUUUAAUGGGGCUUUGGCGACAAAUGCGGAAGAGGUGGAGCUUCCCGACGUUGAACCAGCUGCUUUCUUGGCAUUGCUCAAGUUCCUGUACUCUGACCAAGUACAGAUUGGUGCCGAGACCGUGAUGACCACCCUCUACACGGCAAAGAAGUAUGCAGUGCCUGCUCUCGAGAAAGCCUGCGUCGACUUCCUUCAGCGACAGCUGAGCAGUGACAACGCCUUUCUGCUUCUAGCACAGGCACGGCUAUUUGACGAGCCUCAGCUGGCUGCGCUCUGUCUCGACACUAUCGACAAGAGCACUGCAGAAGCCCUCGCGGCAGAAGGCUUUGUGGACAUUGACAGAGACACCCUGUGUGCUGUGCUUGAGCGGGACACCCUCCGUAUACGGGAGGUGAAGCUGUUUGCCGCUGCUCUGCGCUGGGCAGAGGCAGAGUGUGUGCGCAUGGGACGUCCUGUCACUGCUGACAACAAGCGUGCCGCUCUCGGACGAGCACUGUUCCUAGUGCGCUUUCCACUCAUGAGCAUUGAGGAGUUUGCGCUGGGACCAGCGCAGAGUGGCUUACUCACAGACAAGGAGAUGGUCUCACUGUUUCUACACCUUACGGUGAACCCAAAGCCACCUGUAUCAUUUCCAGACAGCCCUCGCUGCUGUAUUUUGGGCAAAGAACAGGUGGUGGCACGGUUUCAGCAGACUGAGAGCCGUUGGGGCUACUCUGGAACAUCCGAUCGUAUCCGGUUUGCUGUGGAUAGGAAGAUUUUCGUGCUGGGCUAUGGGUUAUACGGCUCCAUUCAUGGUCCUUCAGACUAUGAUGUCAACAUUCAGCUUGUUCAAACAGGCUCCGGCCAAGUGCUUGGCUCGCACGACACGAGCUUUAACAGUGACGGAUCACCAGCUAGAUUUCGUGUUCUCUUCAAAAGCCCAGUGGAAGUGGCCCCCAACGUCAACUACACAGCUUGUGCCACGCUCAAGGGACCAGACUCUCACUAUGGAACAAAGGGUUUACGCAAGGUAACGCUCGACUGCCCGCGUGGGAGCAAGGUUACGUUCCAGUUCACCUAUGCCGCCGGAAACAAUAAUGGCACGUCUGUUGAAGACGGCCAGAUUCCAGAGAUCAUCUUCUUCACAUAGUGCGUCUAACCGGAAUGGCACUACUGUGCUGGUGCAUUUAAGACAGACUGAAAAGCAGUGCUGUAGUGUAACUUGUUUCUGAGGACUGUAAAUGGGAAACUCCAUGAAAGCCUCUCUGAUACCCAAGUUAAAUGUGCAUGUACCUCGGUUAUGGUUGGAAUGAUCUGCAUAUUGAAAUGGAACUGAUUACCCUUGUUACCUUACAUGGGUGUGCUUAAAUGUUGAGUUUUCCUGCAGUAGCUGUUAGCGGUUAUUAGUGCCCUUACAAUGCAAUGCUGUUCCAUCUCUGAAAAGUUGUAUAUAAGUGGCGAGUGCAUGGUGUUGUCAUGUAUUGUAUUACAGAAAGCCUGUGGGCUGGAAUUUGUGAACCAUGGCCUUCAAGAACGGGAAGAAAUGCGAGUUGUGGUAUUAAGUUGGAUAUUGUCACGAGUAAUAAAACACAGAGGGUUUAUUUAUUAAAAAAAACAAAAACAGGGACAGUGGAACUCGUAGAGACGCUCUCAAAAGAAGGCCGCUAAGAUUGUCGUCUUCUUCACUCGCUUGUGCUGCGCCUCUCGAGCAAAUCUGCGAUCUGUGUUGUCAUCGCUAUCUCACAGCUAGACGCAGCUAUACACGUGGCAAUAUAAUGAUACUUUUGAAUGCUUUUCAUUGCUUUAAAUGUUUUUCAAAUAGGAAAUAUUUGUGCUCAUUCCUUAA